UCAGACGUGAUCUGGUGAACAACCAGCAUGUCUUUCUAGUAGGGUCGUUUGAAUCUAUUCAUUUGCAUCGAUUUUUCAUGCCUGGUAAGCAGAGGACUGGCAAUACACGGAGUAUUUUUACGUUGUAGGUGCAUUUAUAAUGUCUUCGUUUUUAGUAGAUGAUAUACCUCUUGAAGCAAUAUGGAGUAAAUUAGACGCUGUUAAAGAAUUCCUCACCAUUUCGCUUAAAAUAGCAAAUGCCCACACUGUAGACUUUUACACUCGAGGUGUUUGGUCUGAAUUCAUAGCUGUUCCUCCUGAGAGGGUGCUUUCUGUGAUGAGCAACAGCCAUGAGAGGGCGCCACUGGAUGAGCGAUUCCAAGGAAGGGGCCAGCCAGAUUUUGGUUUCAGCGAGGACAGAAAGCACUUGGUGGAUGUAGCAAGAUUUCUUCAUGCUGCAAAAGCUCAUUCCCUACCAAACCUACUAGUGUGCACAUUGCUGAAUGAUCUGAUGCAGAUGCUGAACGAAGAGGAUGUCAUGAGCAAAGAUGAGAUCCUGAACACAGAUGAGUUUAUGAAUUCGAAGAAAUCACAUGAAGUUCAGGUCAUGUCAGAGGUGAUUGCGGGAUUAGCCAGGUAUUGUCGUGUUUGUCAGGUGAUAGAUAUUGGAUCUGGCAAAGGGUACUUGUGCUCUUUUCUGUCUAUGCAGUAUGGCCUUAAGGUUUAUGGGAUAGACUCAUCAAAUACCAACACCCAUGGAGCCCAGGAGAGGAACAGGAAACUGAAAAAGUAUUCCAAAACCUACCAAAGGCACAGCAGAACAAGUCCCCAGAGACAAGUAUCAAAGAGAGAAGAGAAAAAACAGACACAGGAAGAGAAUGACAGUACCAGUAACCCCAGAUUGAAAAACAACAAAGAAAUGGAAGAACUGACAUCACUCUUGGAAAUGGCUACUUUGGACAAGCCUGCUACCUCAUUCAAGCCCUCUGAGGGAGUUUUGAAGGAUGAAACUGAGACGAAUGCAGACACGCUAUUCGAUACAAUAAACCCCGAAUAUCUAGAAUCUGCCAAUUCAUUUCUUGGUGUCCUUUCACCUGAAAUAGUGGAGUUGCCUUCUCCACGGAUACCUCCCAGUGAAUUGAGCAACGAUGAGAAAGAGAGGAGGAAACAUGAAAAUUUAAAAAAGAAGGCCAAGAGUAGGAGUGACUACAGCCUUUACUCACCACUGACUUCCUUCGUUACUGCGGAAACAGAACUGCGGGACAUUAUAGAAGACAUGGAGGAUUCUGUAAUGGUCGGUCUACAUACAUGUGGUGAUCUUGCUCCAAGCAUGCUGAGAAUGUUUGUGUCCAAGUCUGAGCUGAAGGCUGUGUGUAGUGUGGGGUGCUGCUAUCACCUCUUAUCUGAAGAGUUUGAUUGUGCAAGACAAGAAAAUCCAGACACUGUGUGGGGAUUCCCUUUGAGCCAGUACAUGAGACAGCGAGGCUGGUACUGCGGCAGGAACGCAAGAAUGUCUGCAUGUCUAGCACUAGAAAGAGUUGCUGUGGGCCAAGGGCUACCCAUUGAAUCUCUGUUCUAUAGAGCGGUCCUUCAUGUCAUUUUGCGGGACCAUUAUGGUGCAAUAAAAAGUGAAAAACGUGUUGGGAAUGUGUACUCUAAAACCACCUCUUUUGUGGAUUAUAUCAAGAAAGCCCUGAAGAAGCUUGAUCUUGAUGAGUCAAAGCUGUCAGAUAGCCUUAUUCAGGAUUAUUAUGAGACCUUUAAACCAAGAAUGAAAGAGAUGGAGGCAUUCAACAUGUUAAAGGUGGCCUUGGCUCCCUGCAUUGAAGGACUGAUUCUCCUGGAUCGUCUGUGCUAUCUGAAAGAGCAGCAGACGUCAUGGAAUAGUAUGCUUUGAAGACUGUCAGGACACUUGAUCACGGCUGUCUCCUGGGGGCACGUGGACCAUCCUAAAAUUCUUGGCAGAGAUACAACAGAAAUUAGAGAUGGCUUUGUUUUAAUUCCUUACUUUUAUCAAAACAAACCAGUGAGGCUUUUCCUGUCAUUUUCACUGUUCAACAAGAUGAUGUACAUCUUCCAGAAGGUCUGCACAUGUAUGUUUUCCUAGCAGAUCCCAUAAAUACUUUACCAGCCAUUGUCCUGAUCUGCAUGUGUGGUUACAUAAUUUUCUGGUUUCCAAGAUGAAAAGAUUGUUAUUAAAUUUGACACACGCUGCUUAUUUUUGUCAAUUCAUAACAUUAUCUUCUCCUUCCACAUGCAGUACCAUUGAUUUUCUAUAUUCCAGAUAAGGAAAUUAAAUUACUGUUUGAAGACUAUAAAAGAGAUAUAGAACUCAAAAGUACUGCUAUGUAAAAUGCAUCAACAUGAUGUGACACUUCAUUAUAUGAAGGACUGAAUUAUAUCAGAAUUACAUUCUUAUGUUGUUUAGAAAUGAAGCUAUUAAUACAAAAAUAUUUUAACAGUAUGAAUGAUUAAUAAAGUAACUGAAAUUUAUAGUAUUUAUAGAGCAUAAGAGAACUUUCAUAGAAAACUCAGAGCUUAAAAAGAUAAAUGGCACAUAUACUGUAUAAUAUAUACUGUACAGUGCAUAUAUAACACUACUAUAUUGUAUUUAAUACUACUAAAUUAAUGAUGCUAAAACAGUUCCAAUUCUUAAUGAGAAUUAACUAGUUUCACAUGCUACACAUGCAUCCAUCCAACAAGUAAACCUAGCAUUGUUUUAUCAUAAUUCCUGACACAUACUGUACCCACUCUCACACUUAUUUAGCACUGCCUACCCUGGAACGUGCAAAUCAUUAUUAAUAAUGCACUGCAUGAUAUCUGCAACAGAAGCAUCUAUUUUUAAUGUAUGUUUUGAUUCUAAAUUUUAAAGCCAUGUUCAUGAUUAUUUUCUUUUUUCAUUAGUCAC